AUGAUGUCAGGCGCUCCCACUCGCAGAGGCUUCCCCAAAGGUCAUCUCUGCCACCAUCUCCUUUCAGUAGCAGUUUGCCUAUUGAGCAGCCAGCCAGCUCGCCUGCCAUUAGCAAUUCUCCAGAGCACCGACUACAUGGCAGGACGAUAUGCAGAAACAUAUCAGAUGUCCCUCACGGCUCCCACACUUCGUUGCACACUCAUGGCCAGCAUUCUCAUGGCCAGUGCUCUCACGUCCAGAUGGCUUUCUCUGAGACUGGCAGCGAUGCCUCUGAUGCACACGGACACCCGCCGCUGCCUCCCAGUCCCAACGUGCUGCGUGAACAACAUGUGGCGCCACGCAGGCGGCAGGCCAAUGAUAAUUCAUCACCUUUACGGCAGCAGUCAUGCGACGCAAGCGUGCAGCCAUCCACAUCCAGUGGCAGCAUGCCGCAUGAACAGCAUAGAGCACACCGCCGUCGCCGCAGUCAGCGGCCAAUUCAGAUGCGCUCUUCGGCAGACCUUGAACAGGCGGGCCGAUGAUGUGCGCGGCAGGACCUCGCCGCGCAUUUCGACCCUGGCUCGCCACCGCCGUGGUGCGGCGGAUGGAGGACUCUGCCGUGGCGCUCGAGAUUUGCUUCCCGCGGCCUUCGUGAGGCAGAUCGAGGAGCUCUUCAUUGCCGGACCACCUUCUGAGGCGUGGUGA